CUCAUUCACUCUGAAAUAAAUUAGAUAUUCCUGCCAUUUUAUCACAUUUCCAGUUUAUUCUCUCAGACUGAAACAUGGGGGCUUCGAGCAACUGGAGCUGGUAUGCUGCACUCUUGUGUCUCCUCAGUUUUGGUGCUGAGGUUCUUUGUGAUUGCACACCCAAUGGUAUAGAAAUCCAGGGUGGUAAUUUUACACUGACCAAGGAGUUGACAAGCGGGAGCUUACUCAUCUACAGCUGUAACGAUGGGUACUACCCGUACCCUGCUUUGACCCGCAUCUGCCAGCCAAACGGCUCCUGGAAACCAGCACCCAAGAGGUUUAUGCCACAGAAAUGCAAACUUGUUGAAUGCCCUGAUCCUAAUGUUCUGGAGAAUGGAGACGUCUUUCCUCUUGAGGUCCAGUACUUUGUGGGGAAUGAGACUUCAUAUGAGUGUUACUCUGGAUACACACUGAGAGGAUCAUCCAAACGAAUUUGCUUACCAAAUGGGAAGUGGAGUGGCUCCACUCCAAUCUGCAGCCGUGACUCCGGUUCUGCCUGUCCUGAUCCUGGAAUCCCACCUGGAGCCUCAAGAGCAGGAAAUAUGUUUGAGAUUGAUGACAAAGUGACAUACAUCUGCAAUGGCGAACUGUUUUUGGUGGGCUCCAAAGAAAGGGUGUGUCUGGAGAACGGACAGUGGACCGGGACAGAGCCAGCAUGCUACUACAAGCACACAUUUGAUACCCCACGUGAGGUUGCAGAAUCAUUUGGAAGUGCGAUUAAAGGCACUCUCACCUCUACACAAUCUCUUGAUGAUACCCAAGAAGGGAGAUCAAUCAGGAUUUCAAAAAAUGGGACUCUCAACAUCUACAUAGGUGUGGACAUUUCUGAAAGCAUAGAAAAAGACCAUUUUAAGACAGCAAGAGACGCUGUCAUAACUCUGAUUGAAAAGAUCGCCUCCUUCAGUGUCUCUCCAAACUACGAAAUCGUUUUCUUCUCAUCUAAAUUAUACCAGGUCGUCAACAUUCACAAUUUUUUCAAUGCCACAGUGGAACUUAAUAAAGUCAUAGAAGACCUAAAAAAGUUUGAAGCAGGAAACACAAACACUGGAACAGAUCUGAACAUGGUCUUCAAACACUUUGAGAAACAGAUGGCUUACAUAAAGCGACAAGCUGGAGACGAGAGAUUUAAAACUCAUCGGCAUGUCCUGAUCCUUUUCACAGAUGGUGCGUAUAACAUGGGUGGUUCUCCUGCGCCUACUGUUGCCAGAAUAAAGAACACAGUCUAUAUGAAUCACACUGUGAAGAACCACGUUGGCGCAAGAGAUGACUUUCUUGACAUCUAUAUCUUCGCCAUUGGGAAAGUGAUUUUUGACGACGACCUGCAGCCACUCACUGUAGGAACAGGAGGAGAUCAUUACUUCAGGAUGCCAGAACCAUCAAAAUUAAAGGAGACCUUUGAUUCAAUAAUUGAUGAAAGUGAAGUUGUAGGUCUGUGUGGCCUGCACAAGGAUUAUGAUAACCUGGAAAAUAGAGAAAGCAGAAAGAAACAAUAUCCAUGGUUGGCGUUUGUUAACCAGGGAAAAAAAAGAAAAUCUUGCCUUGGGUCACUGGUGUCGCCGGACUUUGUCCUGACUGCUGCUCAUUGCUUCACCUUUGAAGAUGAGGUAGCGGAUAUAACAGUUGAAAUUGAAGAUGGAGUGGGCAGCAGCGUUAAAAGAGUGAAAAGUUUCACGCUUCAUCCAUUGUUUAACUUAACGGCCAAAGUCAAAGAAGGCGUGCCAGAGUUUUAUGACUAUGACUUGGCCAUUAUCCGACUGGAAAUUCCAGUGAAGAUCUCUGACUCUGUAAGACCAAUAUGCAUACCCUGCACCCAGGAGACCAGCGACGCUCUCAACCUGGUUGGCGAGUCAACAUGCAAACAACAAGAGCAGCGCCUGUUAACGAAUUCCCGUGAGCAACUCAGUUUCCUAACAAAGAAGGAUCCGCUGGUAGCAAAAAAAACUGCUUUUGCCAAGCUUAAUGAAAACAGAGAUUUGUGCAUCGAAAAAGCCCUUAUGGCACCAGGAAUCACCACAAAAGAUGAAAGCGUUGCUGUGACCGAUAACUUCUUGUGUACUGGUGGUCAGGAAUAUCAAAGAGAAGACAUAGCAUGCAAAGGGGAUUCUGGCGGUGCUGUGUUCAAGAACUUCAACCUGCGGACAAUCCAGAUUGGAGUGGUCAGCUGGGGAACACGGGAUCUGUGCAGCGACACAAGCAGUAUGGUUGAGUCCAAUGAUGAGUCCAGAGAUUUCCAUAUCAAUCUGUUUAGAAUGAUCCCUUUUCUUUCUCAGAACCUUGGAGAUGAUAAUGAAAACUACACACCACUGAAAUUUCUGAAAAACUGAGCAUAACUGCAUGCUAUAAUUGAUCAUAACAUAAAAUGUGCACUUAAGGCAUUUUAAACUCACACAUUUGCUCUCUUCAGACUUUGACCUUUUGGUUGUACCCCACAUGACAGGCACAGUGUUCAUGCAGCGUUUGAAAAUGAACCAUCAAAAUGCUCCCUCUGUUAACCAUGAAUGAAUGAUUAUGUGUCUAUCAAAUCAGGUUUUAAUGUAUGUUCUGCUGUUUCAAAGAUGCAGAUAAUCUGGAAAAUAACUGUAUCUUGGAUUAAAGCUAUCAUGGCAAUUUGA